UUUCCCAUGAAAACUACAUUUCCCAUGAGUCAAUAGUUCGUGGGUAGGAACUACGUGCCUUUAGCAGCUUGUUGCUGAGGGGAUCCUUUUACAGGGACACAAACCCGGACUAGAAUCUACUGCAGAUGACUUCAUGAUCUACCUAAGGUGUUUAUCCUAAUUAAAUAAACAGCAUUUAGGUUCUGCCAUGGCAGAUGGUGUGGACCUCAGCCGAAAGUUUGUGUCAGAGUCGGAAUUAGACGAGAAAAGGAAAAAAAGGCAGGAGGAAUGGGAGAAGGUCCGCAAGCCAGAUGACCCGGAGGAGGCCCCUGAGGAAGUGUACGACCCCCGAUCUCUGUACGAGAGGCUACAAGAGCAGAAAGACAAGAAACAGGAAGAAUAUGAGGAGCAGUUCAAAUUCAAGAACAUGGUUAAAGGCCUGGAUGAAGAUGAGACCAGCUUUCUUGACGAGGUCUCGCGGCAGCAGUCUCUAAUAGAGAAACACAGACGGGACGAGGAAACUCAGGAGUUAAAGGAAUACAGGAGCGCUCUGCAGAAACUGACAACCACUGAGAUCCAGAAGAAGGAGACAGAGAAAAAGGCAGGACCCAAACCCUCAGAGCACAGGACCAGUCACCUGUCUCAAGCCCACCUGCUGGCUGGGGCAGUCAAACGCCGCAGCUCGUCUCAGUCCGCAGAGGGGAGUAAAAAGCAGAAAGCAGAGGAGUCUGUAGCCAGCAAUGGUAGUCAGACAGAUCAGGAGGCGGUGGAGCUCAAAUCCCCCGGCGCGGGCGUCCUCCACCUGCCCUCCGCCGCUGUAUGCGUGGGCAUCCUGCCAGGGCUCGGCGCUUACUCGGGCAGCAGCGACUCUGAGUCCAGCAGCGACAGCGAAGGUAGCGUGGACGAGAUUGGCUCUCCCAUAAAGCGCCACAGGCUCUUCAGAUAGACACACUGACAGAUCACACUCACUCACUAUCACUCUCUCCAUCACCUGUGCUGCCCAAGGCUUGGGUGCCGCCCCCUCGCCUUCUCAGCGGUGCAUUACCUAAAUCGAUUUAGCUCUAAGUAUCUGUAAUUUAAGUGUUUCACUUUUGGAUAAGUCUGUUUGGUUACUUGAUGUUUAUUAAAGACUGUAAUGUUAACUUCUAUUGUGGUUGUUGAUGUCUUGUGCUCUCAAAACAUGACACUUCCCCCAUCCUCCUCAUAUUACGUUCCAUACAGUUUAAACCCCUGGCAGCUUAACCUGGUGACGCACCUUCCCAUCUACCCACCCUUGCGGUUUCUGCAGAGCUCUAGUGGCCAAGGGGACACUGACUGACUGACUGACAGCUGUGGAUCAAGAAGACAUGAAACAUUUAGUUCAAAUCUCAGACACCAUCACGGGACAGAGCAGAUAUUAAAGACUUGUUUCAGUAAGAUUAAAUGUCUUGAUUGAGUUUUUGUUUGUUUGACGUUUAUUUUUUUUAAGACAAAAUGCUGCAGUGCUCCUGAAUGCUGGAAUUUUCAUGAACUCUGUUCUAUAAGGAUAUGUGUGACUGUUUGCUGGAAAAUAGCCAGUGAGGACAGAAUGGAAAAUAAAGGUUUCUCAUGAA